AUGCCAACAGCCAGUCAAUCUCGAAUUCUAUCCGUUGUUGAUAAUCAAUUACGUCAGCAACAAGCACAACAACAACAAUCGUCUGGUGGUAGUCCAGAUACCACAGUAGCAAACGUUGCUGGUCUUAUUUCUCUUAAUAAAACAUCUGCAAUCGAAUCAAAACGACAAAAAUCUAAAGAUGAUCGACGUUCUUCUUCUGGAAAAAGAGAUAACGAUGAUAAUAACUCGCCAUCACCAUCAAACCUCAAUGUUCGUCGACGAAGUUCAGUGAAAAAUGGAAAUGGUACACCAACACCCCGAUCAUCACAACGUACUGAUUUUCUUCAAAUACCCACAAGUCGUCUUAAUCCUAUGAUUCACAAUGAAGCAGCAACAUCAAUACAUGAUGUUAAUCAACUUGAAACUGAAUCAAAACAUAAACAAAUAAAAGCAUACUCAACACAAGUAACGCUUGCUGAAGAAAAUAAUUCAUCAUCAACAUCAGAUUUAGAAUAUCAGAAUAAUAAUGAUGAAGAAAAUACAAAUAUUGAACAAAGAAAUAGUUUAUUAAAUGAAUAUGCAAGACGUUUACUUAUUUUGGGCACAAUACGUCCAUCGAAAACUUUUUAUAAGGAUUUAUCAGAAGAUGAUGUUGAACAUCUGAUGGAAUAUUUUCGUCGAAUGAGAAAAUCAAAUCGAAAGCUAACAUCAGAAGAAAUUAAUCAAGAAUUACAAACUAAAUUUAUUGAAUAUAAACCAAAAAUUUUUUUCGAUUCUUCCGUUGUAACAAAAACUCAAGUAAUUAAUAUCGAAAGAAUUCUUGAACAAUAUGCUGAUAAAGUUCGAGCACAUCAAGCUGAACUAGUUAAACUUGAUAAUCCAAUUCGUUUUGUUAUUAAACAAAUAGAUAAUGAUACAUUACUAACAACAAUACCACGCGAAUAUAAUGAUUGUUUUUUAACACUUAUUACUCAAACAGAUCCAUUACGUAAAUCAGAAUUAAUUAUCGAACUUGUUCAAGACAAACUUUUAGAAGAUAUUAAAGCAAAUGUAUUAGACAUAAGCUAUUUUCCUGGUGGUGUUAAUUAUGAUAUGCCACAUGACGAAAUCAAUGAAAAUGGUCAAAUGAAACUUGAAACGUAUCAAAAUUUAAAGAAACGUUUAAAUCAUCGUAAAAUUUGGUAUUUUGAUGGACCACCAGAGAAAAACCCAAAUGCAUUAUUAGCUAUUCUUCCAAUAGACUCAUCUGUGAACAUGAAUCAUCAACGUUUGCUUGACUGUCUCUAUGAUCAAUUAAAAGUGGUUUCCAUAAAUGAAAACUUCGAUAGAAAAGAUCAAAUAUUAUCAAUUGAAUUCAUUCCAUUGAGUUGUAUAUUAAAUUCAAAUGAUAUUCAAAAUCAAUUUAUUAUUGAUUGUGAUACAAUUCAAACAAAAGAAAAAUUAAUGGAGAAACCACUAAAAAUUUCUUUGAAUAAACAUUUAAUUACAAUUGAAUUACGUUCAUAUGACGAGGAAAUACAUAAAGAAUAUGAAAAAUCAAUUAAAGCAGAAAAAUAUCGAGAACUAAUUAAAAAUCAUGAUGAAGCUGUCAAAAGAAAAUCAUCAACAAAAUAA